CGCUGGCGCUGCCGGACUUCGUGCGUUCGCGUCGCGUGUGUGCGCGUUUAUCCUGACGCUGAAUAUAUCUCAGCCAAAGAGGCCAGAAGGGCCACCAAAAAGUGCUUCGAGCCAGGCCAGAAAUAUUAAAUAUAACCGGGCAAAAAUAUACCCAGUGAAUGCCAGAAUAAUCAUGCAAAUCUACAGUAAAUGAUUGAAAAUCAAAGAAAAUAUAAAAUGAGGCAGUCGGUGUCCAGUUCGGUGUUAAGUUUUCAUUUGUGUUCGUGUGCUUGGCGUGUACCAAGAUCCCAAAUACCGACGAUCUCGAGGAUAAACCAGUAACUGAUAGAAGGUCUUGAGUUGCAGCAAAUAAAAAAUACAGCAAAAGCUCGUUCAAAAUGAUCACCUAAAGCCAAAAUCGGUGCAAACGAAAACAAACUAAAACCGUAUCAAAGUUGAAUAACUAAAAAACGCAACAGCUCAUAACGCAAACAUAGUUUAAUUGGCACUGGAAAUAAACCAAAAAUAAAUGUAAAUUGAUUUCGGAAAGCCCAAGGGCAGACAACUAAAAACCUAAACCCUACCAAAUUCAACAAAAAAACCAAACGUAACGCAAACCACCGCAUAAAUUGCUUUAGAUUAAAACGAGAAAAAAUAAAUAAAAACCAAACCCCAAUCGCAUCAAACAAAAUGACGCUGCGCAUAUCGGCCGGAAACGGAAAUCAUCGAGGGCUCAUCAUUCCAGGCUGUGUGCUGCUCCUGAUUUUGGCCACCUUGCCUGCUUCGCGGGCAGGACGAAUCUUUGACGUCACAAAUCUGGACUACGUAAAGGUGAAUGCCGAGGCGGGCAAGAACGUGACCAUUCCGUGUCCGGGGGUCAACGAGCACUCCCUGGUGGACACGCUCGUGUGGAAAACGGCGUCGACGACAAUCGCGCAGUUUGCCAACCGGAUACCCCUGCUCCACAGUCCAAGGAUACAACUUUUAUCGGACAACUUCGGCCUGCAGUUUUCGCCCUCGUUAGCAAGCGAUACGUCGGAAUAUAUAUGCCUGGUUAACGAUCGGCAUAUACCAGAGGCCAUUGUCGAUUUGCUGGUCCAGGAUGUGCCCGAUCCGCCGGAGCGACCAUUGUUGAUAAGUUUCACAUCACGCUCUGUGAAUUUAUCCUGGGCGCACUCGCAGCAUCCGCGGAAUGCGCCCGUCACGCAUUUUAUUAUUGAAACGCGGGAGGGCGAGGAUGGUAUUUGGGAGCAGCUGGCCAGGAUCUACACCAAGACGAAUGCGACCUCAUAUCAGGUGACCGGGCUGACGCCCUUCACCGUCUACAGCUUUCGCCUGCUGGCGGUCAACAAGCUGGGCAUCAGUCCCCCGUCCAAGGAGUCCUACUAUAUAGUCACGCUGCGUGAGGCGCCCACAGGAAAACCCAUUCCAACAACGGCCCACAACACGUCCUCCACCUCGGUCUAUAUCUCCUGGAAGGCCCCGCCGCCGGAUACCAUAUUGGGCGAGUUCCUCGGCUACCGCAUCACAUAUCGACCACGCGAUAGGGAUCCCAACGGUACCAAGGAAAUCUACAUACGCGACAACACCGUGGAGAGCCAUGAGAUACAGAAUCUGCAGACGUACACGCAGUACAAGGUGACCGUGCAGGUGUUCAAUCCCGAGGGCCUGGGACCGGAGACCACCAUUCUGGUGAUGACCGACGAAGGAGUGCCAAGCAAACCCCAGAAUCUCACCAUACUGGAUGUGUCGGCCAACAGCAUCACAAUGUCCUGGCAUCCUCCGAAAAAUCAAAAUGGAGCCAUCGCCGGCUACCAUGUGUUCCACAUCCAUGAUAAUCAAACUGGCGUGGAGAUCGUUAAGAACUCUCGCAAUUCGGCGGAAACACUAAUACACUUUGAGUUGCAGAAUUUAAGACCCUACACCGAUUAUCGUGUGAUUGUGAAGGCAUUUACCACCAAGAAUGAGGGCGAACCCUCCGAUCAGAUUGCCCAGAGGACAGAUGUUGGAGGUCCCAGUGCUCCGGCGAUUGUAAACCUCACCUGUCACUCCCAGGAAUCCAUCACCAUACGCUGGCGAAGACCCUACGAGUUCUACAACACCAUUGAUUUCUAUAUCAUCAAAACGCGCUUGGCUGGACAGGAUACGCAUCGGGAUAUAAGGAUUAAUGCCUCGGAAAAGGAGCUGGAAACCGCGAUGAUUCUACAAAAUCUAACAACCAACUCGUACUACGAGGUCAAAGUGGCAGCGGCAACGUUCAGUGUCAUAAAUCCAAAGAAAAUUGUGUUGGGCAAAUUUUCGGAGUCAAGGAUUAUUCAACUGCAACCGAACUGCGAGAAACUUCAACCGCUGCUACGGCAAUCGCAUAAUGAUUACAAUCUGGCCGUCUUGGUGGGCAUUAUCUUCAGCUGCUUCGGCAUCAUCCUGAUCAUCAUGGCCUUCUUCCUGUGGAGCAGAAAGUGCUUCCAUGCGGCCUACUACUAUCUGGACGAUCCGCCACACCACCCGAAUGCCCCGCAAGUGGACUGGGAAGUGCCCGUGAAGAUCGGCGAUGAGAUCCGCGCAGCCGUGCCCGUAAACGAGUUCUCCAAGCACGUGGCUUCCCUGCAUGCCGAUGGCGAUAUUGGUUUCAGUCGGGAGUACGAGGCCAUCCAGAAUGAGUGCAUCAGCGAUGAUCUGCCCUGUGAGCACUCCCAGCACCCCGAGAAUAAGCGCAAAAAUCGAUAUCUCAACAUCACAGCCUAUGAUCACAGCCGAGUGCAUUUGCAUCCCACACCGGGACAAAAGAAGAAUCUGGACUAUAUAAAUGCCAACUUUAUCGAUGGCUAUCAAAAGGGACAUGCCUUUAUUGGAACCCAGGGUCCUCUGCCCGAUACUUUUGACUGUUUCUGGCGAAUGAUUUGGGAGCAGAGGGUGGCCAUCAUAGUGAUGAUCACCAAUCUCGUGGAGCGGGGAAGGCGCAAGUGCGACAUGUAUUGGCCCAAGGAUGGAGUUGAGACCUACGGAGUCAUUCAGGUCAAGCUUAUCGAGGAGGAAGUUAUGUCCACGUACACUGUGCGCACUCUGCAGAUCAAGCACUUGAAGCUGAAGAAGAAGAAGCAGUGCAAUACGGAGAAACUGGUCUACCAAUAUCACUAUACCAACUGGCCCGAUCAUGGAACCCCCGAUCAUCCUCUUCCUGUUCUAAACUUCGUCAAGAAAUCCUCGGCUGCCAAUCCUGCAGACGCUGGUCCUAUAGUUGUGCACUGCAGCGCUGGCGUUGGUCGCACUGGCACCUACAUCGUCCUGGACGCCAUGCUCAAGCAGAUCCAGCAGAAAUCGAUUGUGAACGUCUUCGGUUUCCUGCGCCACAUUCGAGCACAGAGGAACUUCCUGGUCCAGACAGAGGAGCAGUACAUAUUCCUGCACGAUGCUCUGGUGGAGGCCAUCGCCUCUGGGGAGACAAAUCUGAUGGCCGAGCAGGUGGAGGAGCUGAAGAACUGCACUCCCUACUUGGAGCAGCAGUACAAGAACAUCAUCCAGUUCCAGCCAAAGGACAUUCACAUUGCAUCCGCCAUGAAGCAGGUGAACUCGAUCAAGAAUCGCGGAGCCAUCUUCCCCAUCGAGGGCAGCCGGGUGCACUUGACACCCAAGCCGGGCGAAGAUGGUAGUGAUUAUAUCAAUGCCUCCUGGCUUCACGGCUUCCGGAGAUUGAGGGACUUUAUAGUCACCCAGCAUCCAAUGGCGCACACGAUAAAGGACUUCUGGCAGAUGGUCUGGGACCACAAUGCACAGACCGUCGUGCUGCUCUCCUCUCUGGAUGAUAUAAACUUUGCCCAGUUUUGGCCGGAUGAGGCCACCCCCAUCGAGAGCGAUCACUAUCGCGUGAAGUAUCUGAACAAGACCAACAAGAGCGACUAUGUGAGCCGGGACUUUGUCAUCCAGUCGAUCCAGGACGACUACGAGCUGACGGUCAAGAUGCUUCACUGUCCCAGUUGGCCGGAGAUGUCCAAUCCCAAUAGCAUCUACGACUUUAUAGUCGAUGUGCACAAGCGCUGCAAUGACUACCGCAAUGGACCUAUUGUCAUUGUGGAUAGAUAUGGUGGCGCCCAGGCGUGCACCUUCUGUGCGAUCUCUUCGCUGGCCAUCGAGAUGGAGUACUGCAGCACGGCCAAUGUGUACCAGUACGCGAAGCUGUACCACAACAAGCGGCCCGGGGUGUGGACAUCCAGCGAGGACAUUCGCGUCAUCUACAACAUACUUUCAUUUUUGCCUGGCAAUUUGAACCUGCUGAAGCGCACGGCGCUUCGGACUGAAUUCGAGGAUGUGACAACGGCCACGCCGGAUCUCUAUAGCAAAAUAUGCAGCAAUGGUAAUGUUCCACAGCAUGUCAUACUGCAGCAGCAGCAGCUGCACAUGCUGCAGUUGCAGCAGCAACACCUAGAGACACAGCAGCAGCAGCAGCAGCUACAACAGCAACAGACAGCACUCCAUGAGACAGUCAGCACACCAACAACCGAUACUAAUCCAAGCCUCUUGCCCAUUCUGUCAUUGUUACCGCCCACAGUCGCUCCACUGUCCUCCAAUUCAUCCACAACAACACCACCACCAAGUUCUCCAAUACCAUCCCCACAGACCAUCCAAUUGCCAUCGCCAUCCGACCUGUCCCACCAGAUUUCACCCACAGUCGCCAAUGCAACAUCGCCGGUGGCAGCGGCUAUACCGGCAACUGCAACACCAACGACUCCAACGACACCAACAACAGUCCUACCUAUAAUAUCUACAAUACCACCACUCGCAUCCCAGAACAGUUUAACCCUUACUAAUGCCAAUUUCCAUACUGUUACUAAUAACGCUGCUGAUCUGAUGGAACACCAACAACAACAAAUGCUGGCCCUGAUGCAACAACAAACGCAACUGCAACAACAAUACAAUACGCAUCAACAUCACAACAACGUUGGUGAUUUACUGAUGAACAACACGGACAAUUCACCAACCACUUCACCAACGAUCAUCAACAACAAUAUUAAUAACAACAACGUCACAAACGCAGCAGCGACAGAUGCUCAAAACUUAGAUAUUGUAGGCUAAACUAAAGAUAAAUUUACAGAGAGAAAUUAAAUCAUUUUAUAAAUGUUUAAAUAUAAAUAUUUAAAUUUAAAUUUAAUCCGUACUCUUACGUAUACAUAGCGAUGUAUUUAUUAACGUUUAAGUCGUUUAAGUGAGAACAAAGCGUCUAGCGCCUUGUCCAUAAAUUAUUCAUUUGCCGUGUAAGCUCAUCUUUUACUUUAAUUUAUUUCCCUCAGUUGUUCUCUUAACUACUACCUAAAUUAUUUUGUCUUUCCGUAAUUUUUUAUAUAUCGUAAACCUAAGUUUUUAUAAUCUCUAUUUUACCUACACUUAGUCACAAGGAAAAGAAAGAGUCAAAAACAGCAGUAAAGAACAAAAAUAAUCGCAAAUCUAAAAAUGGAAACGUAGCAAAAUGCACAAAUUGAACAAGUAGAAUUAAAUGAAAAAGAAACAUAUUUGUCUAAUCAUUUAUAUACGCUGAUUAAUAUAUAAAUAACGUUAAUGCAGGUUAAUUCUGCACACACUUGUGCCAUGAUUUUUUAAGCUCCUACAAAACUCCUAUUAAAGUAAUAAUUAUUAGUUGAAUUACCGAAGUAACCUAGUUGAUUGAGCACUUUUUGCAUUUCGAAUCGAUUCAGUGUCCGUCCUAGUAUCUGUUAUUGUUUUUUGCCUUCUUAUCAAUUUUUUCGAGUUAAAUACACAA